GCCUUCCGAAAAGGUCAGCCCUUAAUAAAAGCUUGUCCUUAUGCAAAUGCACUCUUCUGCACCGCUCCGCCCGCUUGGAACCUUGCCUGGUCUCUGUCUCUGCAAGGCAGUUUCCUUGAGGCUCGAACACACAUGAAACUGACUUCUCCUGAAUCAGACCAUCUGUCCCUCAAGGUCAGUGCUGUCUCCUCAGACUGGCAGCAGCUCUUCAGGUUCUCAGCCAUCAGCCUACAUGAUGCUACUGGUUCUGCUCUUCAUCUCUGCGUGCUGGCAUAACACACCGGGGAAUGCAGAGGUGGUAACUUCUUUUGAAGAAACGUGCCCCCAGUUUUUCUUCAAGGAGACCCCCCCAGGAAUUGGACUUGAGCCCACGCACCCUGCACGGAUCUGCCAGCGUUACAAAAACCAAUAUCGUUAUGCCACGUUGUAUAACAAAGACAAACGCAUCCCUGUCUACUCUGCCUAUAUCUACAACCCUGGGACGGCAAAGAGACCAAAUAACUGGAUGGUGGAACCCCAGCUUGUCGAUUUAUCGUUGCAACCUGAAAUGACUUCAGAAGGGGCCUUACUGCAAAAAUCCCGUGCGACGCAGGCUGAGCUUUGGAACAGUCAGGCUAUCUUAAAAGAUUACAAGAACCUGACCAAUUACAACAGGGGCCACUUGAACCCCAACAGCCACCAGCCAGAUCUGGAUGCCAAAAAGUCCACCUUCACCCUGACCAACAUUGUGCCGCAAUUCAUCAAACUCAACGGCGGCACCUGGAAUAACUAUGAGCAACAGACAAUGAUGAGCAACACCCAAGGAUGCAAGGAAACCUUUGCCCUAGUGGGAGCAGUGCCAGGGAAUAACUACAUAGCGAGAGGGAGGGUCAACAAACCCAGCCACCUCUGGUCUGCGGCCUGUUGUUUCAUAGACAACAACCACAUAAGAUCCUGGGCCAUCAUUGCCACAAAUGAUAAGGACGUGGUAGAACAGCUCACUCUGGGGCAGCUGGAAGAGAAACUUGCGGAGCUGUAUAAUCGGAACGGCAUCUCCCUGUUUCACAGUGAUUGUCCCCGGGAAUAGGGCAUUGGCCAUGUCUAUCAAGCAGUACUGCAGCAGCUAAGUGUAUGUUAAACUCAGGCAAUCUCAUUCUAAAAAUGUAUGCUUCAGCAGGGCUUUUUUUCAGCUGGAACGCGGUGGAACGGAGUUCCAGCAUCUCUUGAAAAUUGUCAC